GACGAGAGAAAUCCGCUGGAGAUUUUGGAUAUAACCGACGAGACGCAAACAGCUGAAUUAGAUGAGGAGAUCAUGGACUUUGCCAUAAGUCCGGUAAUGGAUUUUCCGCGCAGCGUUAGCGCUGAUGUCGCCUCCUAUAAUCUGGAAGCGUAUCUAUCGGAACGCCGGCUCAUACGGCUGGUGCGCAAACAGCCUGCCCUGUACAAUAGACGCCAUCGGCGCUUCAACGAUGACGCUUUCAAGGAGCAGCUGUGGCAAAAUAUUGCGCGACAGCUGUCCUUGGAACUUACCAAAUGCAUGAGUACCUGGGCGGAGCUGCGCUAUAAAUAUCAGCGUCAAGUGCGCCGCCUGCGCCGAUAUCGCCGGCAAGUGCAGGCUUGUCGCAGUCUAACGCGUCCACGUCCCACCAUGCUGCACGAGGAGGAUAUGCUGUUCCUGUACAUGCACGUGGCACGGCAACCGUUGCAGUGCCAGCAGCCCGGCGAAGUGUUAAAUGCGGAUCAGUCAAGUGUGGACGAUGAUGUGACCAUUGUGCCAACACAGCCCGCUGAUAUUAUAGAUCUAGAUGCGGAUUAUUGUGAACAGUAUAAGAUUAGUCCCGAUCAGGAACGACUCGUUGAUGCCGUGCGCGCCUAUCCACAGCUGUAUGAUACGCAGCAUGUGGGCUAUAACAAUUAUCGUCAUCGCGGACUCAUUUGGGGAGCCAUCUCCAAUGAGCUGCACGAGAAGGCAACGAAGCUAAUGAAGAUCUGGCUGCAGCUAAGGACGCGCUACGAGUGGGAGGUGACGCACGCCAGUAGCGCCAGUUCACAGCUGAAGAAUCAGCUCAGCUUUCUGUCACCCCACAUAGAGAAUACACCUGGCACCGUAUGCAAGAUGUCGAUGUAUUUGCAGGACGCCUGGUUUGAUCCCAUUGAGCAUUUUCGCAGCGUCAUGAAUCUGAUAAAUGUGCUAAAAACAAUGCCCGAGCUUGGACAGAUGGUGGAUGAUUACCAGGAUAAUGAACUGAAGCCAGCGCGAUAUAAUGAGCUCUGGUUGCGCGUCUCGGCGCAGGUGAAUUGCAGUCAUCAACGCUGCGAGGUUACCUGGCUGGUGUUGCGCAACUUUUACUUGGAGUUAGACGAGAUGCGUAAAGUUGGCUAUCAGCUGCAGGACAAAUGGUUCUUCGAGAACAUCAUUGGUUGCCUCUACAAGCUGUUAGCCGCACGCUCGACGCGACGUGCCCAAAAACGUGCCGCCCCCAUUGUUCCCACUGGCACAACACCGCCCAAGUUAAUGGCGGCGGGGCCAGUGAGCGCUAAGCCCAGUGCUACGCAUCGUGACUGGCAGAGAUUGGCGGCGAAGCCUGCGUAUAGUACGCCACAGCCGGCGCCACCGCUGCCACUGGCCAUUGUCUAUCCGGCGACCACGAGGGCAAACUCCACCAUUACGGCCAUUCCCAUCAGCAGCAGCAGCAACAUCACGACGAGCAUCGUCGGCAACAGCAUCACGACAAGCAUCACCAGCAGCAACACCACCAGCGGCAACAGCUGCAGCUCCAGUACCUCUGGCUUUGCCAUUCCACGCAUCACAGCCGCCAUUAGCAUGGUGCCCAAGCCCGCAACGCCAGCAACAGCAGCAACGACGGCACCGCCAGCUGCCAACACGUCGAACAGCAGCUUUGUAAACAUAAUCCCGCAGACGCAGCCGCUGCCAAUGCCAAUGCCGCUGCCAUUGCCAUUGCCGAUACCGGCCACGGUGCAGCUGGCCAAUGUGUCCGGCGUGCGGCCGAGUCCAAUACGUACUGGCCUGCAGGUAAUGGUGCGUCCGAAUAUACGCCUGCCGCUGACGCCAAUUAUAUCGCCGGGUAUCAGCAGCAGCAGCAUCCCGACGAACAGCACCAGCGGCACCACCAUACGCGCCGUACCACCUGUCGCAGCAGGUGCCACCCUUCAGCCCACAGCACCAGCAUUAGCAACAGCAGCGGCACCGGCAGAACUCACCACCAAGAUGAGCAAUGUGCCCAGCAAGCUGGCAACGCUAACAACAACGCCCGCGUCAAAUGCAAAAUCGUUGCCAGCGUUGGUGCCACCAUUGCCCAAGCUGGUGCCGCUGACCGUGCGCAACGACAAGGUGGCAUUGCCAUCGGUGAACAUGCUGCCUAAGCCGUGGGGCACAUCGAUGCCGCUGCCAGCGCUGACGCCAACAACGCUCGUCAGAAAGCAUCAGACGGCGCUGAAUAGCGGCUGGGACGACAUCCGCAGCCCGACCCAGCCCGCCAAUAGCAUCAAAAUCACUUUCAGCAGUUCAUCGAAUAUGAUUAUCAGCAAUGACAAGACGCCGACAAUGCAGGUGCCUGAAAUUAAAGUCGAGUUCCGCGAUUGCCCGCAAACUGGACGCGUUCUGCAUGCGGAGGGCACCGCGGUGCCAUUUUCCCCCAAUCUGAAUAUGGCACGCACCGCGGUUUUUAUACGUGAGGUGAUGGCCAUACCGCAGCUGCACUGCACGGAUCACCUGCUGGCAGGCAAAAGCUCGGCACUCUGGCAGCAAAUAGCCAAAAAGUUUCACAUGCCAGAUCAACUAUGUCGCGCCAUCUGGCAGUUUCUGGCGAAUAACAUGAACCAGUUUCCGACAAUAGCGCCCAUGGAGGAGCUGAUGCGUCCCUUCAAGGGCGGCAUGAGGGUGUGGGAGAAGUCGCAUCGUUUGUUCAGCAAAUUUGACGAAAUAGCGCGCAAAUACAAAUGGAUGCUGCACAAGGAUCAACUGCCAGCGCUGAUGAAUCAUUUUGAAAAGUACGAUCAUCUGUACUGGGACAUGCGCCGACCACGACCAGGAGAAUCGAAUCAUUCAGUGCGACCGCCCCGCCAUUAUACCGACCAGGAGCGCCAGGAGGUGUGGCGUGUGGCGCGUGAACGUUUUCCGCACAUGAAUCAUCGGGACGUUUGGUCUAUGUUUAAAUUUGCCUUCAAGACGUAUAUGGAGGACUUGGAGCGCGGCAUUGAGAAUCCCUGGCCGCAAAACUGGUGGCAUGCACUGGAGCAGCUGAAGUUUCUUGUGAAUGUGCGCUAUCAUCCCUUGGAGCCGUACUACUACAUUGUGCACAACAAGUUCAUGGAGGAGGUGAAGCGCUGCAGCAUGUACGAGGCGCUAAUGCAACCAAAUGUCGAGAGUUCACAGGGCAAGGCGGUGGCAAACAAUGCGCUAAUGCCCUGGGAGACAGAGGAGGCGAAGCGGCUCCUAAAUGGCGAGGACAAAGUUCAAGAGAUAUUGGUUUUCUUCAACAAAGGGCCGCAGCAAUCAGAGCAGCAGCAGCAGCAGCAGCAGGAGGAGGAACAGCAACAGCUGUUGCAGCUGGAGAGGACGGAGGAACAACCACUGCCAGAUGAUUCGGAUCUUACACUGGAAAAACAGCCGACUGUUAACGAACUGGUCAAGCAUUUGGCCGGCGAGCCUCGCAAUCUACCCAACAUGGAUGCGUAUCAGCUGACACGUCUGCUGCGCUGCCAUCCGAAAACCUAUGGCAGGUCCAGCACCAUGGAGAAGCGCAGUGCCUGGCUGCAUGUAGCCAAGCUGCUUAAUUCCACCGUAACCGAGUGCCGUUUGAGCUUGCAGCAUGCGCUGCGCGAAUUGUGCAUCUUGAAGAUCAGCGAUAUUAAUUGCCGUUGCGUGCUGUCGCAAAAGUAUUAUCACCACAUGAACGAGAUCUACAAGCAGGUGAAGGCCGGCGGUCGGUUGGUGGUGCACCGCACACCGCAUCAGCUCAACCAGAUGCUAAUGGAGCCCACAGACACCAUUUAUCCGGAGCGGUAUUUACCCGAAAUCAAUAUAAUUACGUGCAAGCCCAGUCUGGUGGUCAAGAAUUGGGCAUACGCGGCCAACAAUUUGCCGACAAUCAGUCAAGAAGAGGUCCUGCACGUCCGCCUUAAGCAAAUCUUUGCCAAAUACGCCAGCCUGGCGAACAUCGAUUGGCCCAAAGCGGCUCCAGCCAAGCGCAGCAAUGGUGCACUGCAGCAGCAGCAGGAGCACGAUGAAAAGCAAUCUAAGCUAGACCAGUUCACGUAGAUUUAUAAACUGUUAAUGCCUAACAAUUAUUUUUGUACAUUGGCUGAAUGUUCAGUUCAGCGACUAGUUGGAACCCAAUCCUCGCCCAAAUUACCAUUUAACAUACAUUUCAUCACACGAGUCACUUGCAAUGCUUUCGCUGGUAGCUGAGCCAAAUGCGGCGCAUGUUGAUUAUCAUUAAUAUUAUUAUAUGUUUAUGAUUAUGAUAUGCAGUUAUGAUUAUGAUAUCUGAUUAGUUGUAGUUAUGUCCGACUUUGCAAGC